AUGUCUCUAUUGUUCAGAAGCGCUGUCAGGGCGUCCUCGUCCCGCCUACCGAUGGCUUCCAUCGCCCCUGCUCUCCCCCGACGCAGACUACCCCUACCAGCCCAGAACAUCACCGUCCCUCUUCUGUCGAGGUUCAAUUCUUCGCUUCCCAAAGCCACGGUGACCACGCUCGAGCCUCAAUCACAGGUUCAAUCGCAGCUCGAAGAAUCGCAGCGCGAUAGCACCAGAGGCGCGGGUUUCGACAUCAAAGACGUUCGCAUCCCCGAAUCCUCAUCUAAAUCCUCUCUCCAAUCCCCCAACUCCCCGUCCGGCCUCUCCGAUCCCACCUCCGAAGAUUGGUGGAUGCACUUUUCCUCCAAACCAUCCGAUGCGUCUCUUCAUCGAUCCUCGUCCGGACUGCCUUCAAAAUACUUUUCUGGCAGGUCCAUCGCCCUCACAAGAGGGGGCGACUUCAUGCAAGGGUACAGGAGGCUGCAAUCCGUGGUGCGAUCGGGUAACAUGAAGAAGGAAGCGAGGCUGAACGAGUUUUACGAAAAGCCGAGUCUCAGGAGGAGAAGGCUGAGGAGCGAGAGACACAGAAGAAGGUUCAAGGAGAUGGUGAGGACCAAGGUCCAACAGGCAUUGGCCAUGAGAAGCAAGGCGUAG